AUGAAUGCGCCUGGCGCGAUAACAGCAAAUACCGCCGCCCAGGGCCCUUCGGAACCAGACACGGCUGCUGCGCGUAGCAGAUCCCCUGCGAGUACGACCUCGGAGCCGAAUCGACAACACCAAAGCGAUGACGAUGGCUCUAAUGCUAGUGAGGAGGGGGAGGAAGAAGAUGAUAAUGAUGACGAGGACGAGGACGAGGAGCCCCGUCUCAAAUAUGCAUAUCUCACAAAGCACUUGGGAUCAGUCUAUCGCAACGGGGAUGCGACCAGCGCAUUCCUCGUGGCAGGAGACAAGAUGAUUCUUGGAACACACAACGGCAAUAUACAUGUCAUGUCACUGCCUCUACUGCAGCCUCUCCGCGUAUACCAUGCACACUCUGCCAGUGUAACCUCCAUAUCGAUAUCGCCCUUUCCACCACCUUUGCCGAAUUUCAAGCCCGAACCCCUCAGCAGGCAGACUGAAGAUCAUGCCCCUCCGACGCGAUCAUCUACAAGUACGGGCAGUAUGCGUGGUCAGCCAAAGUCAAGUCAUUACGCACCUAUUUCCCAGACUCCCGCGAACUCGAUCUAUAUCGCAACAUCUUCUAUCGAUGGCAACGUCUGCAUCUCGUCGCUUGUAGACCCUAAGGAUGUGCUAUUGCGAAACUUCGGCCGACCCGUUCAGUCGGUUGCUCUAUCGCCAGAUUAUAAGAAUGACAGGACUUUUAUUUCAGGUGGCCGGGCAGGUGAAUUGAUUCUGACCACGGGUGGCCGUGUGGGUGUGACUUCGAACUCCACUACCAUGGGAGGCGCGACAGCGACAGCGACGAGCUGGCUAGGGUCUAUGGGACUGGGCUCCAACAACGGAAAAGACACCGUAUUACACAGUGGAGAAGGCGCCAUCAGCACCAUCCGGUGGUCACUAUCUGGAAAAUACGUGACAUGGGUCAACGAAGAGGGGAUUAAAAUCAUGCGAUCCAACCUGCACCUUGAGUCUUCGGAAACCGAGUUUGCCUGGAAGCGAAUCAGUCACAUUGAUCGUCCCAACGGCCCAGGCUGGGAUGAAAUGGCUAGUGUCUGGAAAGCGCGUGCGGAGUGGAUCGACCAAUCUGCACUGGACAACCAGAACACCCUUGAUCCUAGUGAUAGCGGAUCGCCCGACGAGAUAUCGCCCUCGGCGGCAUCAAGCGAGAAGGUUGAGAAACUUGUCGUGGGCUGGGGAGGUACCGUUUGGGUCAUUGAUGUCUACCCCGAGCGAGCAAGCAAGUCUUCCAAGGGCGAGAGAUACGGCUCCGCUGAAGUCGCUACAAUUUUGCGAACGGAUUGCGUCGUAUCUGGCAUCUCACUGUACACACCUCGCCUCCUGGUCAUUUUGGCGUACCUUGAAGCAGAGGGCGAUUCUGUGAGAAUCACUAAGAAGGGAACUGGGUUCCGCCAUCGACAGAAGGGCUUGGAGCCCGAACUUCGCAUCAUCAACAUAGAAACCAAAGAAGAGCUCAGUGCCGAUACGCUCUCUGUCAGUCGUUUUGAAGGCCUGUCUUCAUCGGACUAUCAUCUGAGUGUUUUGCCACCAUGGAAGACCCCUGAAGGGCAAGUAAUUCAACGUGGGGCUCUGGGAACCCUCGGACACGGGCUCUUGGAUGCCACAAUGUACCCCGCGCGACUCUUCAGCUCUGGUGCGAGCAUCCGCAGCUCCACGAGUAGUGGUGACAAGGGCUCUGGUAGGGUUCCCGCUUCUUUCACAUCGAGACAUCUCUUCGCCGAUGAGCCUCUUCCCAAAGAGGUUCAGGAUGUUUCGGCUGCUCUAGGUGCCAAAAUCUUCGUUCACAGCCCAUUUGACUGUGUGGUUGCCGUGAAGAGGGAUCUUUCGGACCGAUUGUCAUGGUUGGACUCUCGUGGUCAAUACGAGGAAGCAUGGAACCUUCUCGACGAGCACCCUGAAGCUGCAGGCCCGGCCGCUGAUGUGAACGAAGCAGUUCCCGAAAUUGCAACCAAUUCGCAGACCAGCUUGGGUGAGUUUUUUGCUGAUGAUCGAUCUUCGGUCGUGGCUACUGGCCACCCAAGGGUCUCUGCAGCUGAACAGGAAAAAGCUCGGCUCGGUGAGCUCUGGCUUGAGCAGCUUGUUGGCGAGAAGACCUGGAAUGAAGCCGCCCAAGUCUGUGGCAAGGUACUCCGUAGUACUACACGAUGGGAGCACUGGGCGGAAGUCUUCAUCAGAGAAAACAAACUGGACGAGAUCACGCCUUAUAUUCCAAUCGAAUUACACCCGCCGCUCUCUUCCACGGUGUACGAGGCUAUUCUCAGCCACUAUGCCUCCGAGGACCGAACCAAAUUCAAAGACUUGGUCGAGACAUGGCCCUCUGAUUUGUUUGAUGCAAAUACUGUGACAGAGGUUAUCAAACACCAGCUGGGCUUGAACUCAGUGCGCGUUGAAUCAGAAGAAUGGCAAAUCCUCAUGGACUGUCUUGCGAAGCUGUAUCUGGUCGGUGGCCACUACCGUGAAGCACUGCAUUGCUAUAUUCGACUACAAGAUGGGGACGCGGCCAUGUCGCUGAUCCGGGACCACCACUUGCUGGACGCAGUCUCUGACGACAUCCCGGCUUUCAUUAUGAUCCGUGUCUCUAAGAAGCAGAUGAAGUCAGCCCCAAUCUCGGAGCUUGAAGAAGUCACUGCAGAACCCAUUCGGCUUCUCGUGAGCGAAGCAUACACGGGCAUCGUCCGCCCAGAGACGGUGGUGUCACAGCUCAAGGAGGCCAACCGCCUCCUCUUCCUCUAUUUCUAUCUUCGUGCCCUCUGGCGGGGUGAAUCACUGCCACAUGAAGCCUCGAAGCCGCGACGAGGCCGUGGGGUUCAUGCUCGGGAUGCGGCGAGCAAGCUGGCUGCCGACGAAGGCAAAGCUCUCAUUGACAGUUUCGCGGACACCGCGGUUGAUGUUUUCGCCGAGUACGACCGGCCCUUGCUGAUGGAAUUUCUCCAAACGAGCAUCUCAUAUUCGUUCGAAACUGCCACUUCCACCUGUGAACAGCGGCACUUCACUCCAGAAUUGAUUUAUUUGCUGUCCAAAAUGGGUCAAACCAAGCGAGCACUGAAUCUGAUCUUGUCCGAUUUAAAGGACGUCUCGCAGGCCAUUUCCUUUGCGAAGUCGCAGGACGACCCCGAUCUCUGGGAGGACCUGAUGGACUACUCGAUGGACAAACCCAAGUUCAUCCACGGGCUUCUCGUCGAGGCGGGGACGGCUAUCGACCCGAUCAAGCUCGUGCGCCGCAUCCCCAGCGGGCUGGAGAUCGAAGGCCUGCGAGAUGGCCUCACGCGGUUGAUCCGCGAGCACGAUCUGCAGGCCAGCAUUAGUCAAGGCGCAGCCCGAGUGAUGCAAAGUGAAGUUGCACAGGGGAUGGAUACACUGCGGAGGGGGCAGCGCCGGGGCAUCAAGUUCAAUAUCCUUGAGAACGUGGAUGACGAUACGCGGGAUUCAAAUAGGACUCCAACCCACGAGAAUCACGCCCAAGAUGCAGCGCCCAGCGGAUCAAGAAAUCCAGCCACGCCUGGUCAGGGAAGAUGCGGAGGCUGCCGUGCCCCCUUCCACGCAAACGAACGGGAAAUUUUGAUCGGCUUCGUCUGCGGCCACGUCUUCCAUUUAUCCCACUUGCUUCCUGAGACACAGCAGCAAGAUCAAUCCGCCAUAGAUGGCGCUGACCGCACCCCCGGGCUGAUCGGUCCCAAGGUGACCACUGCCCGGCUGCUACGAGACCGCAUCGGCGACGGGUGUCGUAUCUGCGCCGUCACGAGGGAUAUUGAGUCUCUUGGCGGCGAGGGCGAG